AUGGCUGCUUAUAUUGCUGUAAUUUCUCUUCUUAAAACUCUUGAGCAACUUCAGCAGAGAAUUGAUCCAAAGCUCAUUCAAGGUCAAACUGCUAAUACGCUCGAUUAUCUUCAUGCUACUGCUGAAUAUUUUCAUAAUGUUGUUGAAGAAACUAGAAAGAGUAGGUUUGAUCCUGAAAAAGUCAAAUCUUUGGAGGAAAAAAUAAGAGUUGCUGCUAGUGAUGCAGAAGAUGUUGUUGAGCUGAAGAUUGGUCAACUAAUCAAAGGCUCAAGCUGGAUGUUUGGCAUAUCACAUAUAAUUUUACACUGGAAUUUGGUAUCAGUUGUUAAAAAAAUUGAUACAACAAAGAAAGAAGUGAUGGAGAUUAUUUCUGAAUUUAGCACUAGUACCCAUGAUGUUGAGGAUGAAAUUGAUGAAUUAUCUGGGGAUUCCUUGAUUGGCACUUCUCGAAGUGAUCCAAUGCUGCCAAAUUUGGAAGCUGCCACUGUGCAGGGGCUUGAAGAUGACUUGAAGAUCAUAGUUAAAAGAUUGACGGGACCACUGUCAGCGCUAGACAUUGUCACUAUAUCAGGUAUGGGUGGUAUUGGCAAAACAACACUCGCUAGAAAAGCUUAUGAUCAUCUCACAAUCAGGUAUCAUUUUGACCUUCAUAUUUGGGUUACAAUAUCUCAAGAAUUUCGAUUUAGAACUGUCUUGUUACAUGCUUUACAUUGCAUCUCAAAGCACACGAAUAUUUUCAAUGCAAAUGAUUAUGAUAAGAUGAAGGACAGUGAGUUAGCUGACCUGGUGCAAAAAAAACUAAAGGGUCGAAGAUACCUUGUUGUUGUUGAUGAUAUUUGGAGUACGGGUAAUUGGGAUAGUCUAAGAGGAAUAUUUCCCGAGUAG